AUGAGCAUAGAGAUAAAAUCCCAGUAUAUAACGACUCCCAGACUAACUCACUAUGUCCUUGAAAGCGGCUUGGAAACAGGGAUACCAGUAAUUUUUGUCCAUGGAAAUGUGAUCACUUCUGCCUACUUCAAACAAAUAAUGCUCCAAAUGCCCUCCAAAUAUCACUGCUAUGCGUAUGAUCAGCGAUGUUAUGGCAGAUCUUCAGGAGUUUCUAUUGAUGCUACUAAAGGCUUAAAAGAUUUUUCUGACGAUCUUUACCGUUAGUUGCUUAAAUUGCAACAUCACGGCCAACAUGUGGAAUCUUUCCACGUGUGAAAAGAUGAUUCCACAACUGAAAUCAAAAGGGCUUCGCAUGUGAAAUCAUCUUUUCACACUUGGAAAAGAUUCCGUAUGUUGGUCGUAAUGUUUCAAUUUAAGCAACUAACGAUACUAUAUAUUGCUAAAUAUAUAAGACAUUUAUAGGAUUUUUUCACCCAUAAUUGAUAAGCCGAGGCGAGCUAAUAAUGUUUUCCACAUAUAUUAAAAUAGUAUAUUUAAUGGAAACUCUUAACAUCCCAAAAGCUCACUUACUUGGAUGAUCUCUUGGAGGAGGCGUUGUUAUGCAGUUCGCAACUGAGCAUAGUGAUCGAAUUUUAUCAAUAACUUUAGAAGCUUCCAUAAGCCCUUACGGAUACUAUGGGACUAAAGAUGAAAGAGGCACUUUAAUUUUUCCUGACGCCGCUGGGUCUGGUGUUGGGCCUUCAGCGUUGAAUUUAAAAAGUUUGUUUGAAAAUAAAAAUAUUGACGAAAAUGACCCAAAAUCUAUGGUGGGCUUGUUUAGAAAUGCUUUUUGCAAGCCGGGGAAUAGGCUGCCCGAAGAACUUGAAAGAGAAUAUAUAGAAGAAAUAUAUCUGACAAAAAUUGGAGACGAUUUUAUACCUGGGAAUUACCAGGCUUGUGAAAACUGGCCAGGAUGGUGCCCUGGAGAUAGAGGUUUGUAUAAUGCAAUUUCAUCAAAAUGCUAUAAUGUUGAAUCUAUCAUUAAUAUUGAGAUAAAACCUCCAAUUGUAUGGAUUAGAGGUGAGGAUGAUAUAAUUAUUUCUGAUAAUUGUCUUUUAGAUCCUGCUAAUUUAGGAGCUAGUGGGAAAAUAUCGAAUUACCCUGGGGAAGAAGUUUAUCCUAACUCCCCUCUGGGAGCCAGCAAAACCAUAAAACUCCCUAUUUUUUGCCCAAAAACCCACCCUCCGUGAGCGAAACAAAAAUUAAUUUAUGGAAAAAAAAAAUUGAUAUAUAAGCGAUAAUUAGUAUAAUGAAAUCUCGAGCUAAUUCUGUUUAAUUUUAAACAAAUUGAGUUUUAAAACAUACAUUUUACAAAUUAACUUAAUAUUUGCUUCCCAAUUUUUGAGAAAAUGGGGAUUUUUUUAAAUUUCGAAAAAAAAAUUUCUAUCUGAUUUAUAUGUAAAUUGUUUUUAAAAAAAAAAUUACCUCCCUCCAUGAGCGAACAAGAUUUUUUUGUUCGCUCAUGGAGGGGAAGCAGUAAGCAGCCGAUGGUGAGGCAGAUAAGAAGCGUGCUUGAGAGAUAUCAAGAAAAUGGAGGGAGGUAUCGAGAAUUUUCAAUCCAAAACUGUGGCCAUUCUCCUCAACUCGAGAAAGAAGCAGAGUUUUUAAGCAUUUAUUUGGAAAAUCUCGAAGAAAAUUCUUCAUCCUUAUAA